AUGAACAAGGUCCCUAGUGGGGAGACCUCUGAUUCCCCCCAUGUCCAGAUAGACCCUCCCGCCCCAAGUUCUCCUCAAUCGCCGUCUAAGGGGAAAAGUAAUUCUCAACUUUUGGAGGAGUUUCAGCGGCAAGCCUGGUCUGAGUACGGAGGAGUGUCUGAUGUUUUACAAAACCUCAACCAGUCUUAUGCAUCUCCCUCUGGUCCUGCUCAGUCUGGUCCGUUUGGACCUUCUCCUGGUCUUGUUGCUUCUGGUCCUUCUACUAUUCAUCCAUCUCCUUCUGGUCCUUCUUCCUCGAAGUUCUCUAUUGAUCACAACCCAAAAGACUUCCAAACUCCAUUGCCAACCAUUAGUGAGGACAACGCAGAGGAAUCCGAGGACGAAGAAGUUGCAGAUGAGGUCCUGGUUGGAAAGUCUGUUAAAGAGAAUUUUCCUGAAGAUCACAACCCCAACGACUUCCAAACGCCUCAUCAAGAUGUAGAGGAGAUCAGUUCGGCUGAUGAAUCAGAGGACGAUCAAGAUACAGAGCAGGUUGCUGGUGGAAAUUCUUUUGGUGUGUCUGAGGACGUGGGAUUUGUUGGUGAGGAGAGAAGGGAAGCUAUAGAGAAUAAGUCUGUUGGUGUGUCUGAGCACGUUGAUGUUGUUGAGUGCGAGGAUAGAAGAGAAGAAGUAAUUGAAAAAGGGUGA